AAGUGGUGAAAGUGAAACAACUUGAACAUAAUCAUGAAAAUGGAAUGUCUUGAGUGGUGAAAUAGUAAUUGGGCACAUAAUCUAUAUAAUAAUGGUGGUCAGCAGGAAUGUUAAUUUUUAGAAGAUACUUUUAUUCUGAAAUAAAAAUGGCCUCAAGUAGUAAAAUAAAGAGAGAAAUUGUUCGACAGCCGCAUCAUGAACAGGCAGAACUUUGCACGACAAGAGCUAGAUACAGACAAGGGAAAAAAUUAACAGCCGUCAAGGUGUACACCAUCAACAGCGAGUCCCAGCACCUGCUGGUUUGCGGGGUGCCGUCCCUGGGGCUGCAGGACGAGCUGCGACACCUGUGCUUGAGGUUCGGGGACGUCCGGUCCCUGGCCUUCGUCCCCGGCUAUGCCGCGGAGGAGUUCACCGACGUCUUCCACCUGCAGUACAGCAGGAUUCAGUCAGCCAGGUAUGCGAAACGUCAGCUGGACGGAAGAUCUUUCUUUGGCGGCGUGCUGCAUGUCUGUUACCUGCCGGAGAUGGAGUCUGUGGAGGAGACUCGGACGAAACUCAUUCAGCGACGCAGAGAGGUGGCAGCACGCGUGAAAGGCCACAAGGCUUCAUCGCUGCAGAUACAGAAGAAUGGAGGGGAGGCUAGUGCACCUCCGAAGACGUACCACCGCAGGAAGAAGCACCCGGCCCUGCCGGUAACCGCGGAUAGGCUGGCAACACUUGGAGCCAGCGAGACGGGCCCUGCGUGCAUCUGGAAGGGGAUCCCAGUCGCGAUAGACCCUCGCACCGCCACCCCAGCGCCGGAAGUGUCUCAGCCGUGCGGGCCGAGCCUUCCGGGCGACGCGUGGCGACGGGCGGGAGUGCGGGAGCGCAGGCUGGUGCCCCGCCCACCCCCCGCCUCCAAGCCGCCGCCCGCAGCCUUGCCCCCCGCGCCCGGCUCCUGUUCCGCCCUCGGGCCUUCUGGCGAGAGCGCCUUGCGCUUCGUGCCCCGCCCCGUCGCCAUCAACAAGAGGAUAGUGUUCCACUCCAAGCGAGCCUCGGAAGAACGCUCCGUGGCGGGCGACUGCACAGACCAGAGGAGAGCCGAACACCUGGACGGGAUCGGAGAGACCUUGAACACCACGGUUGCCAGCGUGCGGGACAAGAUGCAAGCCGUGUCCGUCCCAAGCAUGGAGGUUGUGUUGGAGAGAGACAAUGCAAUCAAGUUCGGGCUGUGACAAUCCUCUCAGUGUGUCUGGAACUGUGUACAAGGAUAUACAAUUAUUACAUUGCAUAUUCAUCAUCACUGCAGUAUGUACUGUGUGCUACUGUUUGACAUUCAGUGAAACAUAUCUGUCCACUCUCCAUGAUACACAAAUACACGCUCUUGUGUUUUGCUCCUAUUUUAAUGUUUAUCUGUCACUAUAUUUUCUUGAAUUUUUUAAAAAAAAAAAAAUAUUUUUCACACUCCAUUGAGAAGUACUUAUCUUAAUAAGUUUCAUCCUAUUUAUGUUUAGUUGAAUUUGACUUUUUGAUAAAUUUU